AUGGUGCUCGCCCAGUACAAGCUUUGCCUUGGAGCCACUGGGAUCUGGGCUUCAUUUGAGCAAGGGGAGAAUGCGCAGGUGAAUAGCGACUGGCGGGGCCCUGAAAGCCAGGAGAUGUACCUUUUUAACUUGACAUCACUCACCAAGUCUGAAAAUGUCUUGUCAGCUUCAGUGUAUUACUAUAUUGGUGAUCUGCUGCAUGUCAAGCGGAACUGUUCCCUGUCCAGAGGCUGUUCUCAUCAUGGGCGCAGCAAACCUGAAAUUCAGAUGCAUCUCUCAGUUUGGACCUUUCCUGCUGCUGGGAACCGGACACGGAGCCUGGGACAUUUCCUAAUAAAUGUCUCCACUGCUUACCAGGAUGUCCUAUCCUGGCAGUGGAAGGAUAUCACUUGGCUCCUGCAUGAAGCGAAACGGAACGAUGAACUCCUGAUUGGUGUCAAAAUGGACCCAACCAGCCAUCGCCCCCGGAAGAGAGCACGUUCUCGCUAUGAACCCUACAUUCUGAUUUAUGCCAAUGAUUCUGCUAUUGCAGAGCCAGAGAGCGUUGUCUCUAGUUUGCACCGUCAUCCUCUGGCAAGGGUCUUUCCCAGACCGGAAAACCACGCCAGGAACAGCCUUGGGAAGCAGAGGCGAAAACGCUCUGCGAGCGUCCUGUUGCCAUUGCAGAAUAAUGAGCUUCCAGGAGCCGAGUACCAGUACAGCGAGAGAUGGGAAGAGAGAAAACCCUACAAAACCUUCCAGCCACAGUUAGCGGGGAGGAUGAAGAGUAAGAAAAAGCAGAGGAAGAAUCAUCACCAGAAGAGUCAGACUCUACAGUUUGAUGAGCAAACACUGAAGAAGGCGAGGAGGACACAGUGGAAUGAGCCGAGGUACUGCGCCCGGCGAUAUCUCAAGGUGGAUUUUGCAGAUGUUGGCUGGAGUGAGUGGAUCAUUUCUCCAAAGUCCUUUGAUGCCUAUUACUGCUCAGGGGAAUGCCAGUUCCCCAUUCCAAAGGCCUUGAAGCCAUCCAACCAUGCUACUAUCCAGAGCAUUGUGAGAGCUGUCGGUGUUGUCCCGGGCAUUCCUCAGCCCGGUGUUGUCCCGGGCGUUCCUGAGCCUUGCUGCGUUCCUGACAAAAUGUCAUCUCUUAGUAUCUUAUUCUUUGAUGAAAAUAAAAACGUGGUUCUUAAGGUGUACCCCAACAUGACAGUGGAAUCUUGCGCGUGCAGAUAA